AUGGCAACGCCGUUAAAUAACCAAAAGGUCUACCCGGGUAUCUACAAAAACAGAGAUGGUUAUCCAAUGCUCAUCAAGACCCUCAGCAUCUGGGUGGCUUCCAUCCUUCCUCAUCCAACCUCACGGAAGAGAGCAUCGAAGCUGAAGACCAAAUACCAUCGAACUAAGAUAUCCGGUGGGGUGGCUGCCAACGAAGAUCCAUCCGCCACUCUCAAUAAAUUCGUCGGUCUCAGUGAAAGUUCAGAUUCUUGCUCUAGCACACCGCAGGCUCGUCGGCGCCUUCCAUCUAGCGAAAGGCUUCCGGGCGUAACCACUGCCUAUUCUGACGACGCGCCGCGAAAAAUAGAGGUGGAGCGAUGGCAUCCACCUUUCAACCGUACGCUAUUAACGCUGCUUCAAGUGCGUCAGCCAACCCUGCUGCAGGCGCUGAAGCCUCUUCAACGACACCAGGCACACUUGAAUAUCUUCAAGAGGAGAAACUCGAGUCUGGACUUGAUUGGUGGUAACGCUCCAACGAGGGAUGAAGCUGGAGCCACGGCAUCUACCUUUCAACCGUACGCUAUCAACGCUGCUUCAAGUGCUUCAGCCAGCCCCGCUACAUGCGUUCGAAGCUCGUCUACGAGACCAGGCACACUUGAUCAUCUUCAAAAGGAGACACUUAAUGCUGGGGAAGCCGAUCAUUUUGACACCUUUACGGGAGAUUGGGAAUAA